GCGGCGCAGGGCGCGGGGCGGCAUGGCCACCACCGCUCAGUACCUGCCGCGGGGCCCCGGCGGCGGAGCUGGCGGCACCGGGCCGCUCAUGCAUCCCGAUGCCGCGGCAGCGGCGGCAGCGGCGGCGGCCGCCGAGCGGCUGCACGCGGGGGCCGCGUACCGCGAAGUGCAGAAGCUGAUGCACCACGAGUGGCUGGGCGCGGGCGCGGGCCACCCCGUGGGCCUAGCGCACCCCCAGUGGCUACCCACGGGAGGAGGAGGUGGCGGUGACUGGGCCGGCGGCCCGCACCUGGAACACGGCAAGGCGGGCGGUGGCGGCUCCGGCCGAGCCGACGACGGCGGCGGCGGCGGCGGUUUCCACGCCCGCUUGGUGCACCAAGGGGCGGCCCACGCGGGCGCGGCAUGGGCACAGAGCGGCACAGCGCACCACCUGGGCCCCGCCAUGUCGCCGUCGCCCGGGGCCGGUGGGGGCCACCAACCCCAGCCGCUCGGGCUGUACGCGCAGGCGGCCUACCCCGGUGGCGGCGGCGGCGGCCUGGCCGGGAUGCUGGCGGCGGGCGGUGGCGGCGCGGGACCCGGCCUGCACCACGCGCUGCACGAGGACGGCCACGAGGCACAGCUGGAGCCGUCGCCGCCACCGCACCUGGGCGCACACGGACACGCACACGGACAUGCACACGCGGGCGGCCUGCACGCGGCGGCGGCGCACCUGCACCCAGGCGCGGGCGGCGGUGGCUCGUCGGUGGGCGAACACUCGGACGAGGAUGCUCCCAGCUCCGACGACCUGGAGCAGUUCGCCAAGCAGUUCAAGCAACGUCGCAUCAAGCUGGGCUUCACCCAGGCCGACGUGGGGCUGGCGCUGGGCACUCUCUACGGUAACGUGUUCUCGCAGACCACCAUCUGCCGCUUCGAGGCCCUGCAGCUGAGCUUCAAGAACAUGUGCAAGCUCAAGCCGCUGCUCAACAAGUGGCUGGAGGAGACCGACUCGUCCAGCGGCAGUCCCACCAACCUGGACAAGAUCGCGGCGCAGGGCCGCAAGCGCAAGAAGCGCACGUCCAUUGAGGUGGGAGUCAAAGGCGCGCUCGAGAGCCACUUUCUCAAGUGUCCCAAGCCCUCUGCGCACGAGAUCACCGGCCUAGCCGACAGUCUACAGCUGGAGAAGGAGGUGGUGCGUGUCUGGUUCUGCAACCGGCGGCAGAAGGAGAAGCGCAUGACCCCCGCGGCCGGCGCGGGCCACCCGCCCAUGGACGACGUUUACGCGCCUGGGGAGCUGGGGCCUGGCGGGGGCGGCGCGUCGCCACCCUCUGCGCCCCCGCCACCGCCUCCGGCCGCGCUGCACCACCACCACCACCACACACUGCCCGGCUCAGUGCAGUGACCCUGCGGGCUGGGUUUCCCACCGACGCAGCGGUGCCUCCGGCGCGCAAUCAGCCCGCGCGGCCUAGACUCUUUUUUUUUGUUGUUCUUUAUUCGGUUGCUUUGGAUUUUACAAAAAGGAAAAAAAAAAACAGAAACUUUUAAACAAAACCAAACAACCCCGGACCGAACCCCUCUCUGGCGAGCGGCAAAGGGCGGCCGAGAGGCUGUGUCGCCCGAGUCCCGGGAGAGAGCAGCGAAGAUCCGGAAUGCGCCAACUCAUUCUGGGCGCCCUCUGCCCACUGCCUGCUCCCUGUCCCCAUACCCUCGACGACCCCUGCCCCUGCCCCCGGGCUGUUCGGGGCCGGAUCCCGGCAGCGGCCUCCCCACAGCGAAAGGUAACGCGGUGCGGGGUUAGGGAUUCCCGGGAGAAAGGACGAAGAGAGAGAGUCCCCCGCAGCUCUCCCGGGCGCGGACUCCCUGUAGCCUGCAGGUCACGGGUGGGGGACUGUCACUUUAUUCUCUCCGCGCCUCUUCUCUUGCACCCCAGCACCCCAGCCCCUCACCCUU